UGCUUUACAGGAUGCUUCAAUUCUCUCUCUACUUUGGCACACUCCUCUCAGUUUACACUUUGUAACCAUUUAGUAAACCAGCUAAGAUGUCGGGAAUUAGUAGGACUGCACUGAUCUCCUCUCUGGUGCGCUGUCUCGUUGGGAGACAAUGCUUAACGAGGAUCCAGGAUCAGAAGAAACCGGCACAUGCUGUGUGUAGGCUCAUUGACGGAUUCGAUCAAGCAAGAUACCACUACACCCGGUCAUCUAUCCACGCAUAUAAUCUUACUCUUAAAAGUUCUUUGACUUCAUGUCAGAGGAGUCUGACGUCUGAGGCAGAUACACCAUUUGAAGAGGAUGAGUACCCACCUCUGCCUGAGUACAAUCCUAACCCACAACCAGAGAGGAAGGAGUUUUUCAUCAUCAGAGCUAAAGGGCUGCCCUGGUCCUGUACUCCCCAAGACCUGAUGGACUUUUUCUCAGAAUGUAGGAUUCGGGAUGGGUUGAAUGGUAUUCAUCUGACACAGCAUCGUGAUGGCAGGCCAAACGGACAGGCCAUUAUCGAACUGGAGAGUGAAGAGGACGUAAGCAAAGCCCUGGAGAAACACAGACAGUACAUGGGUCAUCGUUACGUGGAAGUGUAUGAGGUGACGGACAGAGACGCUGAAGUUUUACUGAGCGCCUCAGUGGCUGAGCAGUCAGUCAGGGAUGGAGUGGUGCGUCUGAGGGGCCUGCCUUUCAGCUGCACUGAGAGAGAUGUCAUCCAGUUCUUCUCAGGACUGGAGAUAGUGAAGGACGGGGUUACUCUGGUCAUGGAUCACAGAAUGCGCCGUUCAGGGGACGCCUUUGUGCAGUUUGCCUCUCAGGAGAUGGCAGAAGAAGCCUUAAAGAGAGACAGAGAGAUCAUUGGAAACAGGUAUAUCGAGAUCUUCCCCAGUCGGAGGAGUGAAAUUCGGGCCCAGUAUGGCAGACUCCACAGAGAGGCUCUGCCCACUGCCCUGCAUCAUAACCCUGCCCCUACUCCAACAAUGAGUGACAGUUCUGAGCUAGUGCAUCACAGAAGUGUGGGCAGUGCCCCUGAGUCUGGACCAUCCGUGAGCAGCGCCCCUGAGUCUGGACCGUCCGUGGGCAGUGCCCCUGAGUCUGGACCGUCCGUGGGCAGUGCCCCUGAGUCUGGACCGUCCGUGGGCAGUGCCCCUGAGUCUGGACCGUCCGUGGGCAGUGCCCCUGAGUCUGGACCGUCCGUGAGCAGUGCCCCUGGAUCUGGACCGUCAGUGAGCAGUGCCCCUGGGUCUGGUCUCUCCUGCUCUGUAUCUCCCCAGCACUAUGUCCACAUGAGGGGACUGCCCUAUGAAUGCACAGCAGCCGAUAUCAUCCAGUUCUUCUCCCCUGUCAGGCUGGCUAAAGUGGUGAUGGAGUUUGGUCCUGAUGGGCAGGCCAGCGGUGAGGCUGAGGCAUACUUUAGGUGUCAUGAGGACGCUGUGUCAGCCAUGUCCAAAGACAAAACACACAUCUACAACAGAUACAUCGAGCUCUUCCUGAAUUCCUCUCCAGGAGAAGGACAGUGACGUACAGUGGAUUUACAGGAGAAGGACAGUGACGUACAGUGGAUUUACAGCAGAAGGACAGUGACGUACAGUGGAUUUACUCCAUUUGUGGACACUCUACUGUCCUACUGUUGCUAUCCCUUACAGCAGUCACAGGUUUUGAUGAAUAUGCAAAUCAGGAAUCAGCUUCCCACUGGAUAUUAACCCACAACAUACAAGAAGAGGG